AUGUUCAUUGGAACAAUGCUGGAGUCAUGGUUCCCGCCCCAGGGUUCCAAGACGGUCCAGGGAUACGAGCUUCAGCUGGGAACAAACUGCAUUGCGCCGUUCCUCUUCACCCAGUGUCUGUAUUCCAUACUGCUCAAGACUGCUAAGAUUGCUUCCCGAGGCUCAGUGCGGGUCGUCUGGCUGGCUUCUUCUGCUAUCGGUCAUGCUCCCAUCCCUGCUAUCGAUCUAGACAAUAUGGAUUAUGAACGUGAUGAAAGUGCUAUGGUCAAAUACGGCCGAAGCAAAUAUGGGAAUGUCUUGUAUGCUGUUGAAGCUGCGCGGCGGGAUGCGAAAUCUGGAGAAGGCAUUGUUCAUGUGUCUGUCGAUCCGGGUAUCUAUAUGACGGACCUCGUGCGAAUUUCGCCUUGGUGGCUGGUUCUGUUCUUUAAACUUGUGUCUCCGGCUCAGAUAUAUGGAGGAUACACCGAACUAUUUGCCGGACUACAUCCGAGCAUCACAGAAAGAAACAAUGGCUGCUGGGUCAUUCCUUAUGGUAAAAUUGCGGACUGCAAGAGAGCUGACCUUUGGGAUGAGACACUGGGCAAGAACUUCUGGAAUUGGACGUAUCAGCAAGUUAAAGACUUUCUGUGA